AUGCUCGGGCCUGAACACAAUACCAUCUUUGACCAGUUAUAUUUUGAAAUUUAUGGAGACCACCAAGAGAUAAUUUUAAAAUUCAACCCCAUUAAUGCAGCAAUGUCCAAAUAUGGCAUGGGUCCUCUUCCUGUGAUCGGUGGGUUUAAUGAUGCUGGAGAUUCUUGGCUUCCAUCAAGAUUCAACAGAUCAAUUUUGUACCUAAUUGAUGCCAUGAGAUUUGAUUUUACCAUUCCCAUUGAGGAUGAUGCUUUAAGAAAUGCAAACUUUCACAAUCGCCUACCGGCUCUCAACGACUCUGAUGGCAACUUUUCGUUUUACCAAUCGAUUUUUAUCUCCGAUCCGCCCACAACAUCGCAGCAAAGAGUUACUUCAAUAGCGUCUGGCUCAUUGCCAAAUUUUAUCGAGGCCGCCUUUAACUUUGCAAUGAUCGAAAGCGUUCAAGAUAACUUUUUGAAACAGGCAAAAGCCGUGCUCGGGCCAAAAGCAAUAUAUUUCUUUGGAGAUUCAAUCUGGACUAGCCUAUUCCCUUCCAUCCUAUCAAACGAUACCGAUAAAACAGGGGCCGAGAGGACUUUGCAUGAGUUUGAGCAAAAAAACGUCCAUGCCGACUAUUCAUUCCACAUCUACGAUUUAGACACCGUCGAUAGGAAUAUCAUUAAAAGGGUCGGUCCAUUUCUAAACAAUCACAUGGUCUCCGAUACGUCGCCAUUUAUGCUUAUAUGUCAUUUUCUUGGCGUCGAUCAUUGCGGCCACAAACAUGGGCCAAAUUCAAGGUUUAUGUCCGAUAAAUUGGAUGAGAUAAACUCCUUCAUUGAUUUUACCAAAUCGCGGCUUGAUCAGUCUACUCUUUUCUAUAUUUUUGGCGAUCACGGGAUGACCGAUAACGGAGAGCAUGGGGGUUCUUCUUUAAAGGAAAUAGCGGCCGGGUUGACAAUGUUCUCUCGAAGCCCGUUGAAUAUCCUCAAUUGCAUUGAAAAGGCUCUGUAUGGUGUUCCUGAGCACUGCCCAUUAUUUGGUGCGUUGCAACUUGAAUUUGAGUCUUUGAAGGGAUUUUUUAACAAAUUGAACACCAUCAAACACUCGACCUUUGUGGAGUAUGACUUUCUUGGAUUGUCCAAAUUCAUUCCAAUAUCAUCGAAAAUGGACAAGGUUUCUCAAGUGGAUUUUGGCGUCAAUCUUUGCCUACUAAUGGGACUUCCCAUCCCAUAUUCAUCUCUUGGAAUAGUUAUCCCAGAAUUAUAUUUUGCUGUAGACCCGUUUUCGGUUUUUUGUUGUGCCGAAAUUUCAACGGUUCAACUGCAAGUUUUAUUGAGGAAAUUUCGGGUUCAGAAUGGUCUGUUUUUAUUGAGAGUGGUUCGGUUGAACCUGCUCUCCGUGAUUCGCUAUUACCGAACGCUAGAAUCGCCACAAAGCUUACACACAGGUUCGAUUGUUGGUCAAAUGAUGUCUCAAUUUGAGAAAUAUGAAUGCGCUCUUAUGGAUGAUGAGCAAGAUUUACACCUGCACUAUGAAAAGGUAGAGGACUAUAUUGUUGCGUAUAUGACUAUGUUAUGCACACUAGUUAUCAAGGGGCGGUCCUCUUGGGCGCAUCAAAAUGAAUUUAUGUUGCUGUUUUCGAUUUUUGUUCUUUUUGUUGCCUUGGUUUUCGUACUGACCUUGGGGGUUAAAAGAUCGCUUUUAAAGGCCGGUGUGGAGCGGUGGAUAAGCAUUCCCAACCUUGCCGUGUGCUCGAUCCUAGUGUUGCAUGGAGUUUCUUACUUUUCCAACAGCUUUAUUAUUUACGAGUAUGACAUUACUCAAAAGCUCCGCCCGCUUGUCUCUCUCCGAUUCAUACACCCUUCUAAAGGUGCUUGCUAUACUCAAGCUGUCUUACUAUUUUGGUGCAUGCAGAGAGGAACAGGACCUUUGCCGCUACAUUUCAAGAGAUUUUGUUGA